AUGAUGGUGAUUUUGCUAAACUGCGUUACCCUGGGGAUGUACCAGCCAUGUGAAGAUAUGGACUGCCUUUCUGACAGGUGUAAAAUCUUGCAGAUAUCUGAAACUUCCAUCUGUGGUUGGUAUGUGCUGUCCAAACUGUGUGUGAAACUGCACUAUGUCCUGACCUGAGCCAUUUGCAGCAGGAUGAUGAGGAGUCCCUCCUGGUGGACCCUGGAAGAACAGUGUGUUCCUGGCCAGGUGUUUGAUGAUUUCAUCUUCAUCUUCUUUGCCAUGGAAAUGGUCUUAAAGAUGGUGGCCCUGGGGAUCUUUGGAAAGAAGUGUUACCUUGGAGAUACCUGGAACCGCCUGGAUUUCUUCAUUGUCAUGGCUGGGGAGGGUGACAGUUCCUGA